AUGACCGCCCCGACGAUUUCGCCGGGAAGCUUGUCCCAAGAGCAGCUUUUACACCUUUGGGGUUGGUUUGAUCGGCUUUAUUUCAUAUAGUUUUGAAAUUAUUGGAGUUACUGUUGACUAAAUUUUAUUGAAAAUCCUUGAAAACUCACAAUUUCCCGCGAUCUGGUUGCAUGCAGAAUGACUCGAUGCUGAAUUUGGUUGAUUUCUUUUGAACAGCUUCAAAAAGUUUUUUUUUAUUCUUCAUUCUCUAACCAUUUUUCAAAUUCAGUUCCCACCUCCUUUAACUUUAAAAACCUAUCUAGGAACACGUACAAUGGGCAAAAUGAGCCGUCGCAGCGUCGAGGCGGCAAAUAACACGAAAACGGGCGCUGGCACGAAGCCCAAGGUUGGUUACUGUAGAUUUCUUUAAAGUGUGUAUUUUUCUAUCUUGCAGGUUGCAACGCCUCAAGUCGUCGCCAAGAUCGAGCAGUACAAGCGCGACAAUCCGACCAUUUUCGCCUGGGAAAUUCGCGAGAAGCUCAUCAAUGAAGGUUUUUUUUUUUGUUAGACUGGACAUUUUUUGACUGGCUUGAGCUAAACCACAAUAAAAAUAUCAAAGCUAGAGAUUCUCGAUAUAGUUUUUAAAAAGAAGAGGUUCAUACAGUAACCUAAACAUUCUUCAAGAGACAAGCGGAUAAUAAGUGAAGUCUUAACUUAUUCGAGAAAUUAGCGAGGCAGUGUGCCAAAACUGGAGUUUUAGACGUAUAAAGUGUUUCUUCUCUAAAGCUGUGUGUGAAUGGUGUAUGGGAGUCUUCAAAGAAAAUUCGAAAAAAGAGGCUUCUUUACGUUUUUUUUUCUCGAAAAUUAUCGAAAAGUUUUCGAUUUUUGACAAAAAUUAAGUCUCAUAAAUGUCACACCCUUCCUAUAUCAAAAAACAAUAAGUUGAAGCUUUUCGAAAACAAAAAAAAAGAUUUGAAACCCAAGAACAAAGGCGGACAUUGGCACCCACUCAACUGUCGGCGAGCUGUAUCACGCUCAGAGGGGCCACUUGAGUGGCUUACACAACAAACAUGACCGGUAUAGCAAAUACGUGCCUUUGUUUUUGUUAGAGGCUGGAAAAAAAAACUAAAUUCAUUCGCUCUGAUAUUUUCAUUUCGAAGCCCUGAAAAAAGCUUCUCAUCUGCUCUGGAAAUCCAAAAAGGCACUCGAAAUCGUCGCCGAAUCGUCUCCCGCAGGCAUUGUAGCAGCCGAGUGCGAAUUGUGACACCAUUCGGUGUGCAAACAUGGCCGUCCAGGCAAAUACCUACAGUACGACAUCUCUUUAAUGAAUACCGUAUAUCGGGUUUCAAAAGAGACGCGCGCUUUUGCGCCUUGUUGUCAUCGAUACGAUGUGUCGAGUGACAUCCAUUCCGCCGCACCUUGUUCAGUUCUAAUUCGAGGGGAGCUUCUAUCGGAAUGGUUGAAAGAAAGUUGGUCAAUAGAGCGAGCUUUCAGCGAUCUCGAAGAGGGGUGAAAAAAAGUAGGAGAAUUCUAGGGAAACCUAUCCAAACAAGAAAUUUUCGAAAGCUUCUUUAAUGAAUUUUAAGAAAGGCUUGGUUAGAAAAGACCUACCGUACUGCUCGUCGUGCUAGGGCCUUUUCUUAAAAUCACUAAAUCCUUUUGUUUUCAAGGCUAGACUUACAUUAAGUGACUGCCGUUCUAAAAGUAGAACUUAUCUGAAAACCGAAAAAGUCGUCAGAUGUGGCGUUUUUGGUGCAUACACCCUCUUUUUCGAGUCACAGACUGACCGGUUUUUUUCCGUAAUUAAAAAAGAAGCUUGAACCUUGGUAACGUGAACCGCACUCUAUUGAGCAUCUCUAGGGAUCACUUAAGAGUGCUGACACUACUUUAGUGGUCACUAGAAAUGCCCCGACAAAUUCCGCGUCCAGUUCGCGUUACCCAGAUCCGAGGCUUAUAAGGAAAAAAAAGUGAGAAUUUUCUGAAUUUCGAAAAAAAAAACCAAGUAAAAAAUCGAAAAUAAAAGUGGAUUUCAGCCGUCUGCUCAACGCCGCCUUCAGUUUCCUCAAUCAACAGGAUUCUGAGAACCAGGGCAGCUGAGAGGGCCGCCGAAGAACUCAGUAUGAUCAUCAAUGCUCAACACAUGGCCAGGUACCUUCAGAUGGAAAAAGCUCAGUCAAAAGAAGAGUUUUUUGAAGGCAAAGAAUCUCGCCGCGCAAUUUGAUCCCGUCCAUGAGCGGCAUGCAGCAACUGUCGUUCCCUUUUCAGCCGACCAUUUGGCCAGGUUUUUUCGAAACCAUUUUCGGAAGAAAAAUGAGGGAACGUCUAGGAUUCCUCCUGAACCCGGCCACGACGACGACCACUUCCUUGCCCAUGCAACUCCACCCGCUUCUUUCUGUUCUGACGGCGAAUCCGCAGCCGGCGGCCUCGCCGACGGAGACGAUUCCGAUGAGCGAAGAAGACCCGGGAAUCCGUCGUUGCUCCAGGAGCACCUUCACUGCAGGUUCGGUCAUUUCACUUCUUUUUUGGCUCUUUCAUAUCGCUUCUGAAAUGAAACUUCUGUUUUGUUCCAUAUUUUCCUCCUUUCUUUUCCGAAGGUCAUAGGGUUAAGAAAGAAUUUCCGAAAAGUGCUGCCUUUUCCAAAUCUCGUAAUGAUUAGUUUCUAAGUUGGCUCACAAUUUUUUCCCCGCAUUUUUUGAUGGUGAAGCGCUUUUGGUAAUGGGCUAUAUAUCCUCAUUUUCAGAACAACUGGCUGUGCUCGAGGCGGCGUUCAGCAAGGAUCCCUACCCAAGUGGCGUCGACCGAGCCGAACUCACGAAAAGAACGGCUCUCCCCGAAGCGCGCAUACAGGUGUGUCCACGGCAUGGCGACGCCUUCAACCGAGGAGCGCAGGUGUGGUUCUCGAACCGACGCGCGAAAUGGCGACGUGCCCAGCAGGAAUCGGCGGCGCAGUCGGCCAGCGAGAAGGACGACGACGUCCGCGCCGCGACGUCAUUCCCCGAUACGAUGCUCCAAGCGACGUCGUCAGAGUGCAGGAAGCUGGAGAGGUUGGCUCUUUUUCAGAGAAUGCUAUUUUCAAGGGCAGAUUUAGAAACCCAAAACAUGUCUUUUUAAGAUCAGAGUCCGAUGAAUUGUCAACGACGCCAACGAUUCCCAAAAAGUACACGAUUUUCAAGCCAUAUGAAUGA